CUCUUCCCUUGAGCCGCUACGCAGGCUAGAAGAACUUUUGUGUUUUGAUUGCGUCAGCAGAAGCAGAAAGAGCACCAUGGAAAGAACGAAGGAAGAACAGUUUAAACGAAUUUCCCUAACGGAAAAGACGCUCGCAUUAGAACACAAGGAUACAAAAGAGUUCGAACACUUCACUGAAGGCAAAGCAUUUGAACUGCUCGAGAAAUUUGCGAAGAAAGGGGAAGCUCGCCCUCAAAAUGCAUGGUGGGGAAAACCGGCCGCAGCGGAACCUCAGCGGCAAAAUGUUGGUGAGCGAAUAGCAAUUCUGGGAUCCCAAGAUAAUAUUGUUGUCACCGAAGAUGUUGGGAUAUUCGCUGCUAUUGUAGCGGCUUAUAAUUACCACUGGAUUCUCCGAACCUCUCCUGAUGAUUGGUGGUUCUGUGUGAUCAAGAAAGUCGCCCGUGCCAUUGAUGAAAAAUCCAAGGAGGAAGCAGUGCGGAAGUUUUUUGUGGAUCAUGAAGGGAAAAAGACAUUAUCAGUUAAAGUACCAACUCUAAGUAUCUAUGAUAUAGAUUACGAAUGGUUCUUCAGCGAGAUGUCUCAGCAGAUAGAUGAAAAUAUCAAAGUCCCAGGUUAUGUGGAAACAGUCACCGCAGAUUUCUCCUCGACCACCGCCGUACAGAAAGUUGUCUCACAAGUAACUCUGAUGUCCUCAGUGCAGGAGUUUUUUGAUUUUGAGUGCAUGUUAAUGUGUGGAAUACCCGCUAUUGAAAUGCUAGGCUCUGUGCAAGAUUGGGAAAAGCUACUCACAAAAGCAAAACACCUAAGAAAGCAGCUGACCCAUCUCAGAGAUGUACUGAAGUUAGAAAACUGGUGGGAUACUGUUGAAGAUGUGUUUAGAAAGUUGCUGGCCACAUACCAGGGAAUCCCUGACAAAGAAUGGUGGAGCCAUAUAUUAAGCUGGAAACAAGGUUUCAUGUCUGGUGAAACUUCAGGAUGGGAAGGAUGGCUGGUUGACUUCUUGGACCAGCCUGGAAGCCGCAAGAAAUACCAUGCACUUCCUACUGGCCUAGUGACAGUUCCCCUCAUCUUCACUGUCCCUGGUGGUGAGAAGGACACCGCAGCGCUAGUAGCUGGCAUGUUGGGCUUCACGGUACACAAGCAAGACCAGACAGAGAGACCUUCAGUGCAGCCAUUCCAGGGAUGGUCUCUCCUCCUGGAAAAAAACUCACCUUUCCGUAAUUGAAAGGCAGAUUGCCAGGGUUUGCCAGAGGGAUGCACCGUCAUAAAUAUCAGAAAAGAAAAGUCUAAUAUUUGUCAAUUCUUUGGGAAGAAAAGUUCUGUAGAAUUAUUCUUGAGAUAACCAAAUCACUGUCAGUGAUUUCUGAACAAAAAGAGAGUUUGAGUGUGAGUUUGCUGAUAAAAAUCUGACCACUCCCGAAAGAACAAAAACUUUUAUUUUUAUGCCAUUUUUUUAUGCCAUUAUGGCCCAGGAUCUCCACAGGAUGUUCACGAUCGGAUUUGGCUUAAAAAAACUCUGACUUAUAGAUUAAUAACAUACCAGAGUGAUUUAGAAUACCUUUUUUUUAUCUAAUUUUCUUAUGCUUUACAUUGUCUACAAAAAGCAUGUCAGUUGCGAACGACAUUGGACUUUCUGCCAUUUGGGUGAUCCAGGACAACCAGGAUAUGAGACUGUCACAGUUAGAGACUCUGAUUCAAAUUAUUAACUUUGUGACUUGUACCAUCGAGCCAUAACCAUCAAUUCCCUAAUGCUUUUAAGCCCAUAAUCAGAACAUGCUACAAGCAAACAACUUUUCUAGAUUCUCAGCUCUGUCUUUAGCCCCUAGAGACUCACAUGGAUAAGCUCAGAGUGUGGACAGAUUUUAUGCUGAUGUGGCAUAUUCUUGUUAACCCCCCAAAAAAUUGUACACUCGAGAAAAGAAUUAAUUGAGCUGACAUCAAUAUAUAAUAUAUUUUCAUAUAUAAACAUAUUAUCAUAUAUUAAAUGUAUUAUUCAUUUUAUAUAAAAUGUAAUGAAGCCUUAAUAAGUCUCUGGCUUUGCCCCUUCUAUUAUUGUAUGUACACAAUUGAAAACUCAAUAAAGAUUGAUUGAUUUUGGUAUUGGA